AAAUUAAUUCAGUUUUUUUAGGGCUGCAAACUUAUCAGUUAUCAUUCAUUAAAAGUGAAAAAAAUUGUACAACUUUUGUAUUUAGAGAUGAAACAAAAACAGUGUUCAAAACCGCGCUAUCGACAGGCUUGCAAAAUCGCGUUGCCCGCGCAGUUUUCUUUUUGUUGAUAUCGGGUGGCGAAAGAAGCGGCAUCGGCAGUGAAACACAACCUUCAGAAAAAAUAGAUUUUCGGUGAAAUUAUUUUCAUAUAGCUGCGAAAAGUUAAUCUCUUUUACCAGACCUCAACACUGCACAAUGCCCCGCGCCAAGGCCUUGAAAAAGCAAACAGAGGCGGUGCCAUCUGAGCCCACUGAUCCCACUCCAAAUGGGAUAGGAAAUGUCGCCGCCGACCAAAACCCCGCUGCCGGCGAAGAAGCUAAAGUUUCGACGAAGGGAAAGCCACGCUCUAAAAAGGCCACCAAGACAACCGUUGCUGUGGAACAGUCUUCGGAAGUUGAGUCGGAACAGGCUCCCCCGGCAGUUGCACGUGGAAAAAAAAAACAGCAACCAAAGGAUACAGAAGAAAACGGUGAGGAGGCGGUGGUGUCUAAGCCAAAGGGACGCGCCAAAAAGGCGACUGCAGACGCUGACCCAUCUGGCAAAGCAGCAAAAGCUAGGGCCAAGAAGGAUACCACUUCUGCGCCAGAGGAAGAGGCGGCUGUUUCGUCAAAGGGACGCUCGAAGACUGAGAAACCAGCGGCUGCCGAAGAACCAAAAGCCAGGGGACGAAAGCGAAAGGAGUCGGCGGCCGAGGCAAAUGGGUCGGAGGAGCCGGCAGCACCUCCCAAACGAAGGACUAAAAAGGAAGCAUCACCGGCGAACCAGGAAGAACCAGUGAACCAGAAAGCUGAAACAGCGACUGCCAAGCGGGCACGCGGAACCAAGCGACUAGCAGACUCGGAAAUCGCAGCUGCUCUCGAGGAGGAAGAAGUGGAUGAGGAGCCUCCAAAGGCUGCUAGCAAGCGAACCAAGAAAACCAAGGUGGUCGAACCGGAACCCGAGGGUGUAGGUGAUGCUAAGCCCGAAGUAAAAGAAGUUCCGCCAAAAGCAGCGGCAAAAAAACGUACCAAACAAAUAAAAGACAGCGAUGCUGCGGAUGAAAAUGCGCCCAAAGCUGAAGGCAAGACCACCAAGUCACGAGCCAAGAAAGAGGCCAAAGAAGAGCAGCCAGCGCCUGUUAAAAAGCGAGGUCUGAAGAUAUCCAAUGAUAAGGAAAAUGGAGCGGAGCCCGAACCCUCAACAGAAAACAAACCAGUGCGAGGUCGGAAAAAGGCAGUUGGAAAGGUAGAAAAUAAAGAGGAGGCAGCAGAGCCUGCAGCUGUAAGCAAACCAGGUCGCAGUCGGAAAAAGGCAGCCGCAGAGAUUGAAAACGACGAAGACGAUGAGGAGGUCAGCUCGAAAAGUAUGUUGGCGGAGCAGUCCGGUUGCGGUGGAGCUGCCGUAUUGAAAAGUUUGCAAAACAUGCUCAACUUUUGUUUUCCAGCAAACAAGACAGCCAAGAAGGGGGAUGUCAAAUCCAUUGGGACUUUGGAUAAAGAAUCUUUUGCCUUGCCAGUCGAAAAAACGUUUAACUUGAAAAUAUCCAGCUGGAAUGUGGCCGGUCUGAGAGCUUGGCUAAAAAAGGAUGGCCUUCAGUUGCUGGAUCUUGAAGAGCCUGACAUUUUCUGCCUGCAGGAAACCAAGUGCGCAAACGAUCAGCUGCCGGACGAGGUGACUCGCUUGCCAGGCUACCAUCCCUAUUGGCUGUGCAUGCCGGGUGGUUAUGCUGGCGUCGCUGUCUACAGCAAGAUCAUGCCGAUAAACGUUGAGUACGGCAUUGGCAACGAGGAGUUCGACGACGUGGGACGGAUGAUUACGGCGGAGUACGAAAAGUUCUACCUAAUCAAUGUGUAUGUGCCGAAUUCUGGUCGAAAGCUGGUUAAUUUGGAGUCACGCAUGCGCUGGGAAAAGCUCUUUCAGGCGUACGUGCAGAAGUUAGACGCUCUGAAGCCUGUAGUCAUCUGCGGUGACAUGAACGUGUCCCAUAUGCCAAUCGAUCUGCAGAACCCGAAGGCGAACACCAAGAACGCCGGCUUCACACAGGAGGAGCGCGACAAGAUGACGGAGCUAUUGAGCCUUGGUUUCGUGGACUCGUUUAGGCACCUAUACCCCGACCGUAAGGGCGCCUACACCUUUUGGACUUAUAUGGCCAAUGCGCGGGCACGCAACGUCGGCUGGCGUCUCGACUAUUGCCUGGUCUCGGAGCGAUUUCUUCCCAAAGUAGUGGAGCACGAGAUUCGAUCGCAGUGUAUGGGCAGCGACCACUGUCCCAUUACCGUGUUCUUCAAUAUUUAGAUGUACGACCAUUGUGUUUUGGGAACUUCAUAAUUCGACACAUUUAAUCUGUUUGUAACUAAGAUUUGGUUUUAUUAUUUAUUAAUCCAAGGCUGUACAAUAGGUACGGACCGAUUUAGUUGUUAAACCGUCAUUACACUUCAUUUCACUUUUACAUUCUGUUGUAGAUCGACCAGUCGAAUUUGUAUUUUUGAAUAAAGUAAGCUACUAUCGCA